AUGUCUUUCAUGGUAGAUGCGAAAAAGAAUCAUCAUCAUCAUCCUCCGAUAACGAAUAUUGGAGCGAUUAAUUGUUCAAUUUAUAAUUUGGAUGCAGCCGAUAUGUACUCAACUUUUCAGCCUGAUCCCGUUCCCCCUGCUGGGGCCAUUAUGCAAUUUUUCGUUUCUCAGACACUAGCUAAACUGAGUACAGUAACCACAAAGUUAUUGUUUGCAUUUACUGAUUUAUCUGGUAACAUGAUAGGUUAUACCGUGCAUCCAGUUGAAACAAGUAUACCCGUUAUUCAAGAUAGUUACAAUGUUGUAGUGCCCGACUUUAUUCCUGAUAAUCAUACAGUUACAGUUGUAAUAACCGACAUUGAUGGAGCUAAUAACUGUAUAUCAUUUUCCCGCAACAGCCGUGGUCAAUGA